GGAGUGUCCAAGUGCGUAAUCUUCCACAGCCAUCAUUUCCCGCCGAACGCUCGCUGUAUAUGCGCGUGAGGGAAUGCGCGGGAGGAUUUUCUUGGGGCGCGCGUUUAUAAUGCCUACCAUUCGUGUCUGAAACGUCGAGGAAAUUGUGAAAAAAUAUCGCAAAAAGAACUGUUUUUCGUUUAGAAGGAAGUCUCUUGUUUUUGGGAUAUAGGGCGGUUGAAAAUAGCCGUCAGGAGGAACCGAUACUUGGCUAUUGAAAGUUUAGUGGGGACGGUUAUUGGCUCUGAGGUGACUCACGAGAUUCACAGAAGAAAACACGAUGAAGAAGGAGAGAUUGUGGGAUUUGUGAGUUUAUUCUGUUUGGGAUACACGCAGAGGUUGAAUUUGUGCUCGUGUUAGUGGCUCUGGAAACAUUUCCUUUGAAGUUUACCUCUAAAAUUUUCCGCUUCGGUAACGUCUCGAGAGACGUGGCACGAGACUUAAAGAUUAGAUUGACGUGAGACACCUUUCAGUCGCUGUGUUUAGUCAGCCCGUUUAGUUCGGGUGGAGGUGGGGGAUUGCGUUUUUUCCCCGAACUCAUCACAUUAAGAUUAACAAACCGUCUUUAAGAGGAUCCUCUAUGGUCAUUCAUGAACUUGUUGAACACCCAGUCUUCAGCGGGACCCUUCACGUCGAGAGUGAAUCUCAUUAACAGUGCAGAUGCCAAGCUGCAACAGAGGAUGAUUGACAGAAGGCAAAGCUGAGACGGCUGUCAGUCAACAUUCAGCCAGAGAGUCGAUUCAUCAGAGUGUCAGAAGCCCUGCUCUCUCUCUCCGAUCAUUUCGCCUUCUCUGCCUCUACUUCUCUUAUCUCUGCCAGCACCCCCGACCCUACCUGCUGCCCUGCCUCUUCCCUGCAGAUGCAAUAAAGUCCAGAGGUGGAGAUAGAAGGAUCAGGCUUGACGACCUUACAGUGACCAACGGGACGCUGGCAUGCUUCCGCACCUCUUCUGGCCCACAUUCAGCAAAACUUGGAUUAUUUGGUAAACCAUCCCAUCUUUCUGUAUAUCUCUAGCUUUUGUGCAUCUUUGAGAGAAAAGGAGCAGGCAGAUACGCUUCAUCAAAGUGAAUUGACUAUUAGAUAAAGGAAGCCGCCAUGAUUUUCCCACUGUUCCUAACACUGCAAGCAUCAUGGCUGACGGUGUGUCAGGCCACGCAACACUACCCCGCAACCUGGGGACACUACGACUUGUGCAAAUCACAAGGCUACACGGAGGAAGGCCUGACCUGGUAUUAUAUGGCCUGUCAGCCCGAAGCCGCAGACAUGACCAAGUACCUAAAAGUCACUCUCGAUCCACCUAACAUCACCUGUGGAGACCCACCAGAGACCUACUGCACCUUGGAAAACCCCUAUAUGUGCAACAACGAGUGCGAUGCAGCCACAGACGAGCUGGCCCACCCUCCUGAGCUCAUGUUCGACAUUGUGGGCCGCAACCCCACGACAUUCUGGCAGUCCACAUCCUGGAAGAAAUACCCCAAACCUCUGGCAGUCAACAUAACCCUUUCAUGGAACAAGACUAUUGAGCUGACCGAUGACAUUGUCAUCACUUUUGAGUCAGGUCGGCCGGAGCAGAUGGUUUUAGAGAAGUCUCUGGACUAUGGACGUAGCUGGCAGCCCUACCAGUUCUAUGCUACCGACUGCCUCGACGCUUUCACUAUGGAGCCCAAGACCAUGAAAGACAUUACCCAGCAUACAUUGCUGGAUAUUAUCUGCACAGAGGAAUAUUCCAGAGGUUACGUGUGGAAGAACGACAAGACUGUGCGCUUUGAAAUCAGAGAUCGAUUCGCACUGUUCGCCGGGCCCAAGCUGCACAACAUGGCCUCGCUGUAUGGACAACUGGACACCACCAAGAACCUGAGAGACUUUUUCACCAUUACUGACCUGCGUAUACGUCUGCUCCGACCUGCCACGGGUGCCACUAUGGUGGAUGAGAACAACCUUUCCAGAUACUACUACGCCAUCUCUGACAUUAAAGUACAUGGCAGGUGCAAGUGCAACCUUCAUGCCAACAGCUGCAUCUAUGACAAAGAGAAACUGACUUGCGAGUGUGAGCACAACACCACGGGGCCCGACUGUGGCCGCUGUAAGAGGAAUUUUCAGGCCAGAGCUUGGAGUGCUGGAUCCUAUCUCCCAAUUCCCAAGGGCACAGCAAAUAUCUGUAUGGCAAAUUAUGCUGGUCCAGUUAACUGCGAAUGCUACAAUCACUCCAAUCGCUGCAGUUACAUCGAAGUGCUAAACGCCGUCAUUUGCGUGAGCUGUAAGCACAACACUAGAGGGCAGCACUGCCAUCUGUGCAAGCUUGGAUACUACCGCAAUGCCACAGCAAAGCCGGACGAUGAGAAUAUUUGCAUAGACUGUAAUUGUAAUCCCUUUGGCUCUGAGUCUGAUCGCUGUAAUGGCACAGGAUAUUGUAGAUGUAAGGAGGGAGCGACAGGGGCUAUGUGCCAUGAGUGUCUGCCAGGAUAUUUGUGGGACAAUGGCUGCAAAUCCCGGGUGUGUGACAGCGAACUUCUGCGUUGCCAAAAUGGCGGCGUGUGUGUGAACUACGUUCGUUGUCAGUGUCCUCCGGCAUACACCGGCCUGCUGUGCGAGAAACCGCGCUGUGAGAAAGAGCCGGGCGGCUGCGGAGGAUCAGACUCGGGCCAGGCGUCCCUCCACCCCCCUUCCCUGAUCCUGCUUUUGCUGCUGGGUGGCAUUUUCCUGACGGAGAUCUGCUGGAUCACUGUCCUCUGAGACGCAGAUCUCCGACUCUUCAGCUUCUUCUGUAUGAGCAGCGCACCAGACCCACCGACACUCGGCCGGCCAUGAGGAAUGUGCCCAAAUAUCAAAGCGAAAAUCCAGAGGAUGACAAUAAGUAAAUAAAUACAUCAAUAAAAAUAGUAUUUAUAAAUAUUGAUUCAAUAUAAAAAUCUAAAAGCAAAAAAAAAAUAAAAAAUCAAGGUGUUAUUUAUAGAAUUUACCUGAGCAUAUGCUUCAUGGAGCAAAUAAGAGGAAGUAGAGAUGUGAACUAAGCCAUAAUAGAUACUCACUCCCCUAAAAGAACAAGAGAGCAGCAGGUAUCAGAGUGGACAAGGCUCAUCGCUCUCCUCUCUUUAUUAUGAAGGGAACGGGAGCUUCGUUCAGCCAGCGGCAUGUACAAGUAAAGCCAGCUGCCGCCCCUCACCCUCUGAGCCAUUGUGGGUAUCAUGUUGGCUAUAGACUGCUUUCGGCUAUUGUGACACAGAACGAUGGAAACUGUCCGGAUUGUGUGCAAGAAAAAUACAUUAUUAGAUCGGUAAUAAUAAGAAGAUGGACUCGAGAAAAGAAGCAUUCUUUGCUGUCAGUGCGUUUUAAGGAUAUAAGGAAAUCAGACUGUCCCAUUUGAUCCGCUUUCAAGUCCCGCCAAAACACUCCUGAAUUUCACCUCGACCCCCACCUUCGGAAAUAAACUUUAGAGUGUCCUUUGUGUCAAGAGCCCCGUCCUUCCUCCACCCUGUGCUUUUGUGAAUGUUAUUCUGUAACCCUUGAUAUAUUUUUUUUCAAUAUUUUUUUAAGUUAUUCUUUCAGUCUGUGUGAUGUUAGUCACACCUCCUAUCCUCCGGAAAAUCUGAUUACAACCCAUGACUUUGAAAUGUGACGGACUGUUUGCUGAGGCCACGGUCAACAAUGUAUGUUUUCACCCAAACAGAUGAAGUGCUUAGACAGUCAUCAGUGUAUUUAAUUUUUGUAUUAAUACAGAAGUUAUUUUCUUGACAGAGUAAAGAUAAUGUAGAACAUAUACUUUUUUGUAUUAUUGCUGAAAUGUGUUUAAGGGCAACAUUUUAGUGCAUUUAAUCAAGGUGCAAACGAUUCAAUAUUUAUGUUUGUCUGAAAUAUUAUUUCAUUUAUACUUUUCGUUUUCUUUCCUUCAGUUGGAUUGUGAAGUUUUCCUAAAGUAUAUUGGCUACGUGCUGGCAUCAAAGAAUAUCAGUUUACAUACAGUAUAUAUACUGACAUGUAAGAAAAAAAGAAAAUCACACCAAAGGACAUUCUAAAUGUUUUCUUGUUGCUUUAACACUGAACAAUUUAAGUGAAUAAAACUUUAA